AUAAAUUCUCCCCUCACACCAGAAACUUUUUUUAAUCCACGGGUCUAGAAGUUCAGUUACGUCUGCACUGCUGAAUCUAUACCCUAGUCAGGACAAUGCAACGCCGCAAAAGUCUAUUUGCGCCAUACAUCUCCAGAAACGCAGACACUGUUUCUGAUUUGAAAGUGCAAGUGCAUCCUAUAGACAUGCCACAUGGAUCUCUUGUGCAGACCAGUUGGAUAGAGGAGAGCGCAGAGCGCAGGAGCGAAUGUGACACGUGCGCUAUUGGGGAACUCAGAUUGCCAGGGCUCGGACACAUCGAACAGGACCAGAGCACCAUCGACAGAGCGCAAAGGCGGCGGCGCAUGGCUGCCAACGCCCGGGAGAGGAGGAGGAUGCUCGGCCUCAAUGUUGCCUUCGACCGGCUCAGGAGCGUUAUCCCUAACCUGGAGAGCGACAAGAAGCUGUCCAAGUCAGAGACUCUUCAGAUGGCGCAGAUAUACAUAUCGACGCUCAGCGACUUGUUGCAGGACAGGCCCUGCGUAGCGGAAUUCAGCACCACUGAACUUGAGAGCACGGCGAAUGUGGACACGGCCCCAACGGGAAGGCCAACAAUGAACUCCACAGAAGAAGACGCAACUGUAAAACUACCUGGGCCAGGUACAUACAAUAUAUGUAGAGACAGUGGAAACGUGAUGCGCGCGCCUUUCGAAGAACAGAAGACAGAGCUGCGAGGGUUUAUGAACCUGUGGGAGAGAACUAGUGGCACAAAAUAACUGAUUGUAUUUGUUUGUGCUUACUAAUGUAUUUUUUUUCUUCAUACAAAACAUGUUGAUUCUUGUUUGAAACCUUAUGUAGAUUAUCUGGCUGAAGUAAAAACAUAUUUACGCAUCAA